GCUACUCUUCCUGGUGAACAAACAGUGACAGCUAUAGGGCAGACAGCGAUACCCGCUUCCCAGCACGACCAUACAGCAUAUCCUUCACCCCUAAACAACACAGAUAUGGCUUCUGACAGUAAACACGUCGCGCGGUUGAAAUCUGAGCUCUACUUCCUAAUAGCCCGAUUUUUGGAAGCUGGACCAUGUCAAAAUGCAGCCGAGACCUUGAUAAGGGAGGUACAGGAGAAGGAGCUCUUGCCCAAAAGAACAGACUGGACGGGCAAGGAACACCCUGGGAGUUACGAAAAUUUGGUGAAGUUGUACAGCCACAUCACUGCAGAGCACCUGUUGCGUGUGUGUGAGCGGGUGGGGCCGCUGCUGGAGAGAGAGGUGCCAGCCAGUGUGCCUGGAGUUCAGUCCCUGCUGGGGGUGGGCCGACAGUCUCUACUGCGCACCAACAAGAGCUGUAAGCACGUGGUAUGGAAGGGUUCCGCCCUCGCCGCCCUGCAUUGUGGCAGGCCUCCGGAGCCGCCCGUCAUCUAUGGAAGCCCGCCCAACAUUGUGGAGACGUCUUUCAGCCGGCGUCUGAACGGCGAGUACCGUCUGGGCCAGCUGGUGCCUACGGCGGUGUACAUGCACAUGAAGAUGCACAAGAGGAUUCUGGGACACCUGUCCUCCGUCUACUGCGUGGCCUUCGACCGCACCGGCCGCCGCAUUUUCACCGGCUCAGACGACUGCCUGGUGAAGAUCUGGGCGACGGACGACGGGCGCCUGCUGGCCACGCUGCGCGGCCACGCGGCGGAGAUCUCGGACAUGGCGGUGAGCUACGAGAACACGCUGCUGGCCGCCGGCUCCUGCGACAAGACCAUCCGCGUGUGGUGCCUGCAGACCUGCGCUCCCCUCGCCGUGCUGGAGGGACACGGGGCGUCCAUCACCUCACUACAGUUCUCUCCUCUGUGCAGUGGUAGUAAAAGAUUCCUUUCCUCCACCGGCGCUGAUGGCUCCAUAUGUUUCUGGCAGUGGGACGCUCGCACGCUCAAGUUUGGGCACAGGCCCAGUAAGUUUACGGAGCGUCCUAGGCCGGGGGUACAGAUGAUCUGCUCGUCCUUCAGCGCAGGUGGGAUGUUUCUAGCCACAGGCAGCACAGAUCACAUUAUCAGAGUCUAUUACUUUGGAUCUGGACAGCCUGAGAAGAUCGCUGAGCUGGAGUCCCACACCGAUAAAGUGGACAGUAUACAGUUCUCACAUGGCGGGGACAGGUUUGUUAGUGGAAGCAGAGACGGCACGGCUCGCAUCUGGCAGCUGCAGCAGCAGGAAUGGAGAAGCAUCCUGCUGGAUAUGGCCACCAAAAUGCCAGGUAAAUGCAACCCUCCUCCUCUGGAGGACAAAGUCACCAAACUCAAAGUUACCAUGGUAGCCUGGGAUCGCCACGACAACACAGUCAUCACGGCCGCCAACAACCUGACCCUGAAAGUGUGGAACUCCUAUACGGGAAAUCUCAUUCACAUACUCAUGGGCCAUGAGGAUGAAGUGUUUGUACUGGAGCCACACCCCUUCGAUCCCAGAGUGCUCUUCUCCGCCGGGCAUGAUGGGAACGCCAUCGUGUGGGACCUGGCCAGAGGCGUCAAGAUUCGCUCCUACUUCAACAUGAUUGAGGGCCAGGGCCACGGGGCAGUGUUUGACUGUAAGUGCUCCCCUGACGGUCAGCACUUUGCCUGCACCGACUCCCACGGACACCUGCUCAUCUUCGGCUUCGGCUCCAGCAGCAAAUACGACAAGAUAGCGGAUCAGAUGUUCUUCCACACGGACUACCGGCCGCUGAUCCGCGACGCGCACAACUACGUGCUGGACGAGCAGACGCAGCAGGCGCCGCACCUGAUGCCGCCGCCCUUCCUGGUGGACGUGGACGGCAACCCGCACCCGCCCCGCUACCAGCGCCUGGUGCCCGGCCGCGAGAACUGCCGUCAGGAGCAGCUCAUACCACAGAUGGGCCUCACCUCCUCAGGUCUGAAUCAGGUGGUGAGCCAGCAGGCCGCAGAGGGUUCCACUGCGCUGGACAACAUGAUCCAGAGACUACAGCAGGAACAGGACCAGAGACUGGGCACAGACAGGACCAGCAGAGGUUCGGUGAGUUCCCCCACGGAGGUGUCGUCCCCUCCUAACGUGGGCCUGCGGCGCAGCGGUCAGAUCGAGGGGGUGCGGCAGAUGCACAGCAACGCCCCGCGCAGCCAGAUGGCCACCGAGAGAGACCUGGUGGCCUGGAGCCGCAGGGUGCUGGUGCCCGAGUUACUGCACGGCAUCGCCAGUAAACAGGAGAUCUGGAGGGAAGCUAAAGGAGAGGAGGAGAUCACCAUCUACAGAUCAGAGAGAAGACGCCGCAGCCUGCACAGCCAGUUCCACAGAGAGAACCGGCAGCAUGCACAGGAGAGCGAGGAGAGCCGGCGUCACCAGAGCAACCCGCACAACUAUCACACGCGCGCCGCCGUGGAGGAGAACAGCAGGCAGAGCGAAGCUACAGAGGAGGAGACCAACAUGUCAGAGGGAGAGGCAGAUGUGCGUCCUCUAAACGGAGAGUCAUCAGAGGGAGAGGAGGAGAAGGAGGACGAGAAGGAGCCAUGGCCUGAUGACCACAGCAGCUCCAGUGACUACUCCAGCGACUACUCGGACUGGACGGCGGACGCGGGCAUCAACCUGGAGCCGCCCAAGAAGACGAGCCGCCCCAAGAAGAAGACGGCCAGCAGCUCGGAGGAGGACGGGGAGAAGAAGAAGGACAAGGAGAAGAAGGAGCGGAAGAAGGACAAGCCAGACAAGGACGGAGCGCUACCAAAGAAAAGCAAGCCCAAAGAGGGACGCAUGAAGCGGUUACCACAGAUGCGAGAGCAGGGUCUGACUCUGGAGGAGUGGCUGCCGUCCCCCUGGAUCACAGACACCGUGCCCCGCAGGUGCCCCUUCACACCGCAGAUGGGAGAUGAGUUGUACUAUUUCAGGCAAGGACACGAGGCGUAUGUAGAGAUGGCCAAAUCUAACCGCAUCUUUAGCAUCAACCCCAAAAAGCAGCCGUGGCACAAGAUGGAGCUCAGGGAGCAGGAGCUGAUGAAAAUAGUUGGUAUUAAGUAUGAGGUGGGGCUGCCCACUCUGUGCUGUCUGAAGCUGGCCUUCCUGGACCCAGACACGGGCAAGCUGACCGGAGGCUCCUUCUCCAUGAAAUACCACGACAUGCCUGAUGUCAUCGACUUCCUGGUUCUCCGUCAGCAGUUUGAUGAAGCAAAAGAACGGCAGUGGCAAAUAGGUGACCGAUUCCGCUCGGUGAUAGACGAUGCCUGGUGGUUUGGGACGAUUGAGAGCCAGGAGCCAUACCAGGCCCUCUACCCUGACAGCCUCUUCCAGUGCUACAAUGUCUGCUGGGAUAAUGGUGACACAGAGAAGAUGAGCCCCUGGGACAUGGAGAAGAUUCCCGAUGAGGUGUUUCCUGAUGAGCUGGGCCAGAGCGUCCCCCUGACGGAGCGGGAGCAGCGGGCGCUGCUCUACCAGCCGCUGGAGGGCGAGUGGGGCGCCGGCGCCAGUGCCCGGCCCGCCGAGUGCCAGCGCAUCAUCAGCGGCAUCGACCAGCUCUGCACGCUGGAUGUGGCGGUUCCGUUCGCUCUCCCGGUGGACCUGCAGGCGUACCCGACCUACUGCACAGUGGUUGCCUACGUCACCGACCUCAGCACCAUCAGGAGCCGACUGGAGAACCGCUUCUACAGGCGUAUAUCAUCUCUGAUGUGGGAGGUGCGUUAUAUAGAGCAUAAUGCGCGGACCUUCAAUGAACCCGGCGCCUUCAUCGUCCGCACGGCUAAAUUUGUCUCUGACCUCAUGCUGCAAUUUAUCAAGGACCAAAGUUUAACAGACAUCAUCCCCCUCUACCACAAAAUGAAGAAAGAGGCCUUCUCUGACAACAGCAGUGAUGAAGACGAGGAUGUGGACGUGGAUGCUCCCGGCACAUCCACAUGCAUCAAAAAGAAGGCACAGCGGCCAAUGCUGAGGAGCCUGCGGAACAAGCCUCAGGCACAUGACCCAGAGGCGUGGAAGGGGCGCUGCAGAGAGCUCCUGGACCUCAUCUUCCAGUGUGAGGACUCGGAACCCUUCAGACAGCCUGUGGACCUGCAGGAGUACCCGGAUUACCUGGACAUAGUGGACACUCCCAUGGACUUCGGGACGGUCCUGAACACCCUGCUGGGUGACGAGUACGAGUCCCCCGCGGAACUCUGCAAAGACGUGCGCCUCAUCUUCAGCAACUCCAAAGCCUACACGCCCAGCAAGAAGUCCAGGAUCCACACCAAGAGUCUGCACCGCUCAGCAAUGAUCUACAGCAUGAGUCUCCGUCUGUCCGCGCUGUUCGAGGAGCACGUGGGCUCCAUCCUCACCGACUUCAAGUCCGCCCAGCGGCUCCAGUCGGACCGGUUGACCCGGCAACGGCUGCACAGCGAGCGCCUGACGCGGCAGACGAUGAAGAGGAGGAAGAGGAGCUCCUCGCCCGCCAGCAGCACCGGCUCCAGCCCAGACAGGAAGAGGCGUGUCUCCACCCGGGCCCCUCCGCGUGUCAAUCACGUGUCCUCGGCCCCGGUCCCCUCCUCCUCCUCCUCCUCGUCCUCCUCCAGGCCCGCCUCCUUGCGCCAGAACCUCCCGCACCUCAACGGCAAGGCGGAGCCGGCCGCCGCCUCCAUGCGCACGCGCCGCUCGGCACGCUUCGGCGGCAGCGGCACGCACGGCCCGGCGCCGGCCCACACGCCUCCGUCGCCGCAGCCGACCGACGCCCACUCGCCCGCCGAGGCCACGCCCCGCUCGCUGAGAGCGGCGCACCACGGCGCCGGCGCGGCAACGGCGUCCACGGAGACGCCCCACGACCCCGUCAGCUCGGGUAACGAGGGGAGCUCCAGGGAGAGACCGCGGAGGAAGCUCCGCACGCCCGUCAGGCUCAACCCAGGUCCGGUACAUGACAGUCCAUCGCAGAACAGCCUCCACCUGAACGGCCACAGCAGUCACGUGACCCUGGGGGUGAACCGGAGGCGAGGCCGGCCGCGACUGGACGAGAGGAGGCCCGUGCAGCCGCCCGUCGUCCCGGCGACGGAAUCCGCGGCGUCCGAGCCGGCGCCCUCCUCCUCGCUCUCGCCCCGGCCGCCGGGGAAGAAGCGCGGCCGCAAGAGCAAGAAGGAGCUGGAGGAGAUGCGGCGGCAGGCCUCGCUGAACGAGCCGCUCGGCCGCUCCACGUCCUCCUCCUCCGCCUCCGCCCAGGACACCAGCCUAUCGGACUCGGGGGCGGGGUUAGGGGCGGGGCUUCCCGAGAAGCCUCGGCGAGGUCGGCCGCGGCUGAACCGGACUCCUCCUCAGGCGGCGACGCCCGCCACCUCCCCCCCCACGGCCUCCUCCGCCUCAGCGUCCGCGUCCGCUCCGCAGCCGUCCACUCCCAACGCGUCGCUACGGCGGAGCAGCCGGCACGUCGCCGAGGACAACGCCCACCCCUCGUCCAGCCGCCGUCGCCACAGGCACCCGGAACGGGAGGAGGAGGAGGAGGACGACGACAACGACGAGGGGGAGGAGGAAGAGGAGGACGACGACGAGGACGGCGGCGAGGACCGCGAGGGGACGGAGUACGAGUCGUCGGGCCCCGGGGCCGAGGGGGCGGCGGGGGGCUCGUCCAAGGGCUCCAUGCGGACGCGUAACCAGGGCCGGCGCACGGCCUACUACAACGAGGACGACUCGGAGGAGGAGCAGCGGCAGCUGCUGUUCGAGGACCCGUCGCUCACCUUCGGCACGUCCAGCAAGGGCCGCGUGCGCAAGCUGACCGAGAAGGCCAAGGCCAACCUCAUCGGCUGGUAGCCGCCGAGCGACGCGACGCGACGUGACAGCCUUGCUGCAAGCGCACCAGGGGUUGACUGUUCUGAAUGCCCCCCACUCCCACUGUCCCACAGUUCACUGGGGCAAUGCCAUUCCUGCUGCUAUGAAACUAAUCUGUGUGUUGUGUGUGUGUGUGUUGGUGCGUGUGUGUGUGUGUGUGUGUGUGUUGUGUGUGUACGUGUGUGUGUGUGUGUGUGUGUUUAUGAGAGACUGUGAAUGUGUACAGCCACACAGAGACGCCUGGCCUGUGCAAUUACACAUAAAGUUCCGUGGAGACCAGUAAACCCCAUCCUACACACACACACACACACACACACACACUAAACAUUGCCCUUUCCCUGUUAAUUUCACUUAUUAAUGUGGUAUCAGACAGCACCACCAUCAUACACAAUCUCUCUCUCGUUUCUCUGAUCUAGGGGUUCCUGAUCCAGUUCAUUGUCAGUGUGCCUGCCUAUGUGGAAUGUGUAGUGUUUAUGGACUUCAAAAUCUGUGUGUGUGGUGAGGUCUACUCAAUCUAUGGAUUUUCUCUUGUCACCAGUCCUUCAUUAUACUCUUGUAUAGGGCUUCAGUACGGCUUUGUUCAUUUCAAAACAGUGGUCCACAAACCUAACUCCUAGUAGCCAUUAGUGUGAACUAUGAGCUAGUUAUAAACCAUUUACAGUACGGGCCAUCAAAGCAGUCACUUUAUGUUGGACACUUGGGGUGACCCACCCAGUGAGAGUUACUUGGAUUGCGUGCGUGCGUGUGUGUGUGUGUGUGUGUGUGUGUGUGUGUGUGUUUGUGUGCCCGUCCGUGCGUGCGUGUAUUCAUGGCUGAAAGACUCGUCCACUCAGUAAAAUCAGACUCAUCUUUAAGACUGGGAGUUGUAAGGUUUCACAAAUAAAUGUGUGUGUGUGUGUGUGUGUGUGUGUGUGUGUGAGAGAGAGAGAGAGAGAGAGAGAGAGAGAGAGAGAGAGAGAGAGAGAGAGAGAGACUUAUCAGUGCUGAACAAGUGCAGUGCAUGUAAGGACUCAUUGCACUUGAUUUUCAUCAUACUCUCCAGUUAAAGAAGACUCACCUGCUCACAAAUGUGUGUGUGUGUGUGUGUGUGUGUGUGUGUGUGUGUGUGUGUGUGUGUGUGUGUGUGUGUGUGUGUGUGUGUGUGUGUGUGGCAAGAGAGAGAGGCAGUGAUGUAGUCAUGUUUACAAGAUGUGACAUUAUGCCAUUUUGUUUCAACGCCACUCACCAGUGAGAAAGAUGAAGUCACGGUCUGUGUAUGUCUGUGUGUGUGUGUCCAUUCAAGACUUUUUCUUGGUACCUUUUGAAAUACAAGGUACAUGUAUGAGUGUCUCAACACAUGAUUAUGCACUUAAAAAACCUGGGGUUUGCUGUAUGUUGUGCUAAUAGGUUCACAGGACUUGUGUACAUUUUUAUAUGUAACUCCCUUUGUAAACAGUCUAGUUUUAGGUCUUUUCUUAUGCUGUCCUGUAUGGCCGGGCCUGAAGUUAGUGUGUACGACUGGAAAUGAGCAUGAGAGGAGGAUGCCCUUGGUUUGUGUGUGUCCAUGUUUGGACUGAAUAUUGUUCGUUCUGAUUGUGCCUUCAAUUUCCCAACCGCGUGUGUGCGUGUGCGUGUGCGUGUGUGUGUGCGUGUGUGUGUGUGUGUGUGUGUGUGUGUGUGUGCGUUCGUGUGUGUGCGCGUGCAUGUGCGUCUAUAUAAGAGAGAGGAUUCUGGAAUAGCUAUGGCCCCUUCCUGGUACUGUCUUUGUCACCCAGUGAGAUCCUGGUCCACAGGUACCACUAUGAGACAUGGUUUUAGCCCUCCACUCACUCCCUCCUUAUCAUGGGCCUGUGUGGACUGGACUCACGUGGCCCCAUUGUUUUGUGAUCACCCCGCAGCCAAAGAGGACUGUACUGACUUUUGACUGGAUCUGCGUCAGUCUUGGAUGGACUGAGACCAGGCCUCUUGCCUGAUCUGGAUUUAGUGUGGACUGGACUAUUUUUGUGAAUCUGGAUUGAUGUGAACUUCAACUUCAGAGAGUCCUCUGGAACAUAUACACUCCUUAUCUGACCCAGCCAGCUGAAACGGUGGAUUUUCUUCAGUGGUUUAUUGGACGAUUGGUUUUAUUUCUCCUUUCUUUUUUAAAAAAAAGUAAUGAUUACGUUUUUAUUUUUAAGUUGCCAAAUGGAGCUCUGUGGUGGUGUGAAGUUGUGAAUGUCUAAGAAUGUCUUUUUUUUUAAGCUGGUUUUGGUGAACCAAAGCCUGGUGGUUGUGUGUGUGUGUGUGUGUGUGUGUGUGUGUGUGUGUGUGUGUGUGUGUGUGUGUGUGUGUGUGUGUGUGUGUGUGUGUGUGUGUGUGUGUGUGUGUGUGUGUGUGUGUGUGUGUGUGUGUGUGUGUGUGUGUGUGUGUGUGUGUGUGCGUGCGUGUGAGUGUGUGAAAGAGCUUGUUUGCGUGUGCGUGUGUCCAACCUCUUUGGCACCAGUGUGUUGUGUGUAGGUUUGUGAGUGUACGUAUUUUUAUACUCCUUUGACUAUGAUACCCAUUAUGAUAUCUCACCUCUAACCCAUACAAACAAAGCAAUGGAGUGCUUCACAGGAUGUGACAUCACGCUACCCACCCAUCAUCUGACCUAUAGAGCCUGCGGUGUGAGGCGAGAGGUCAAACGGGGGGUAGGGGGGCUGCAUGCAACCUUUCCCAGAAUUCUCUCUGUGUGAGGUUUGGGAAGAGGCUUUACUGUCUUCUGGUUUCCACGGAGAUUGGAUUAGAGGACUUUAUAUGUUAGUUUGUAUACUUUUAUAUAAAAAAGUAAAUGCAAAAAAACAUAAGCAUAGAAUGUAUGUGUAGGGAGUACUGCUGUCAUAUUAGUUCAUACUGAUAUUUUAAAGAAAUAAACAGUUGUGUUUACAA